GAAGCUGGCUGCCCCGGGGAGUCUGGCCACCAUGCCACCUCCUCUCCUCUUUUUCCUCCACCUGUUCCUUACCCCCAUGGGAGUCAGGCCCCAGGAAACACACCUACUGGAGGCUAAAGAGGGAGGCAAUGCUGUGCUGCCAUGCCUUGAAGGUCUCUCAGAUGGUCCCUCUGAGCAACUGGCCUGGUUUCGGGGCUCCCAACCAACACCCUUCUUAGAGCUGAGCCUAGGGUUACCAGGCCUGGGCAUCCAUGUGGGGCCCCUGGGCACCCUGAAGGAGCCCCAGGGAACCUUGCUGCUCAUCUUCAAUGUCUCCGACCAGAUGGGGGGCUUCUACCUGUGCCAGUCAGGCCCCUCUUCUCAGCAAGCCUGGCAGCCUGGCUGGACGGUCAGCGUGAAGGGCAGCGGAGAACUGUUCCGGUGGAAUGCUUCAGACCUAAAUGACCCAAGCUGUGGCCUGGGGGACAGGUCCUCAGAGGGCCCCAGGCCCUCUUCUCGUCACCCCACAAGGUCCCAGCUCUAUGUGUGGGCCAAGAACCACCCUGAGAUCUUACACACAGACUCUGCCUGUGCCCCACCUAACGGCACUUUGAACCAGAGCAACAACCAUGACCUCACGGUGGCCCCUGGCUCCACACUCUCGCUGUCCUGUGGGGCAUCCCGUACCUCACUGGUCAGAGGCCCCAUCUCCUGGAUCCAUGUGCAUCCCAAGAAGCCUAACAUCAAUUUGCUGAGCCUAAACCUCAGUGAGGAUGCCCAACUCAGAGAGAUGUGGGUCAUGGGCACCCUCGGGGGAAAGGCUGUUCUGUUGCUGCCCGAGACCACAGCUCAAGAUGCUGGCAUCUAUCACUGUAACCAUGGCAACGUGACCACCCAGAUGCAGCUGAAGGUCACUGCCCAGUCAGUAUGGCAUUGGCUACUGGAGACUGGUGGCUGGAUAGUCCCUGUUGUGACUUUAGUUUAUCUGAUCUUCUGCCUGGCUUCCCUGGUGGGCUUUCUUCAUCUUCGAAGAGCCCUGAUCCUGAGGAGGAAAAGAAAGCGAAUGACAGAUCCCGCUAGAAGGUUCUUCAAAGUGACGCCUCCCCCGGGAAACGGGGCCCAGAACCAGUACGGGAACAUGCUCUCCCUCUCCACUCCCCACUCAGGCACGGGACGCGCCCUGCGGUGGGCUGCGGGCCUGGGAGCCACCGUGCCGUCCUACGGAAAUCCGCGCAGCGACGUGCAGGAGGCCAGAGCCUCGGGGUCCUGGAGCCCACCAGGAACCGGCCCAGAAGAAGAGGAAGGGGAGGCCUAUGAGGAGCCGGACAGUGAGGAGGGCUCCGAGUUCUACGAGAACGACUCCAACCUUGGGCAGGACCAGCUCUCCCAGGAUGGCAGCGGCUAUGAGAACCCUGACGAAGGGGUCUUGGGUCCUGAGGAUGAAGACUCCUUCUCCAACGCAGCUGAAUCUUAUGAGAAUGAGGAUGAAGAACUGGCCCAGCCAGUUGCCAGGACAACAGACUUCCUGAGCCCCCAUGGGUCAGCCUGGGACCCCAGCAGGGAGGCAACCUCCCUUGGGUCCCAGUCCUAUGAGGAUAUGAGAGGGAUCCUGUAUGCAGUCCCCCAGCUCCGCUUUGUUCAAGCCCAGCCUGGUCCCAGUCAUGAAGAAGAUGCAGACUCUUAUGAGAAUAUGGAUAAUCCCGACGGACCAGAACCAGCAUGGGGAGGAGGGGGCCACAUGGGCACCUGGAGCAACUAGGUGAUUCCCUUUAG